UUUACCUUUUAAAUUUUUUUGAAAGCGGGAAUGUUUAUAUAUCUGUAGUGUUUUCAAUAUUUUCCCCUUUCGCGCUUUUCUCUUUAACGUUGCACGUCUCUCUUUCUCUCUCCUCCAUUGAAGCGUACUCUGAGUUCUCCAUUGAAGCAGCUUCUGAGCUUUCUCUUUUCCAUUGAACCGUACUCCAAGCUCUCCAUUGAAGCAGCUUCUGAGCUUUCACUCCUCCAUUGAAGCACUUCUGAGGAUAUCAGAAUCCUAAUAAUGCCAUCAAUUGAAUUACUCACCUGAAGUUUAAAAUGAGAUGCAAUGCGUGUUGGAGAGAGUUGGAAGGUCAAGCUGUAUCGACCACUUGUGGCCACCUUUUGUGCACAUCAGAUGCAGGCAAGAUACUUAACAGUGAUGGAGCGUGUCCCAUCUGCGAUCAGGUGUUAUCUAAGAGUCAUAUGAAACCUGUGGAUAUCAAUCCAAAUGAUGAAUGGGUUAAUAUGGCAAUGGCAGGAGUCUCACCUCAGAUAUUGAUGAAAAGUGCAUACAGAAGUGUGAUGUUCUAUAUUGGGCAAAAGGAACUAGAAAUGCAAUGCAAGAUGAACAGGCUAAUGACGCAAUGCCGACAAAAAUGUGAGGCGUUGCAAGAGAAGUUCAGUGAGAAACUGGAGCAGAUGCAUACAGCAUACCAGAAAAUGGGCAAGAGGUGUCAAAUGAUGGAACAAGAGAUUGAGAACUUGUCCAAAGAUAAGCAAGAACUGCAAGAAAAGUUUGCUGAGAAAUCUAGACAGAAGAGAAAACUUGAUGAAAUGUAUGAUCAGUUGAGGAGCGAGUUUGAUUCAGUCAAACGUUCAGCUAUACAACCUGCAAACAACUUCUAUUCCAGACCUGAGCCUGAUCUAUUUUCUAACCCGUCCAACUUGAUGGAUAACCAAGAUACAUUAAGAAAAGAUCGAUUGGUUUUUACUCCUGAUACUCCAGGACCAAGGGAGGAUAUCUGGCCAGCAAGGCAAAACAGUUCCAACUCUGGAGGAGCCUUUGAUGUCUCAGCUAGCUCACCAGCUAGGCGAGCACCAGUCCCAACUGAUGCAGGAAACAGAAGGCCCGGUGGCCAUCCUCCCUUUGGAUCGGGAAAUUCUAACCCCUCCAUGACUCUCAGGAAUCUGGUUCUUUCUCCUAUAAAGCGGCCUCAGUUAUCACGUAACCGCCCUCAGCUUUUCACGAUGUGAUCAGAAGUAAACUCAUUAUCUUGCUGCUGCUAAACAUGCCCACAGAAGUCUUGAGCUACAUUUUGGAUUAUAUUUUCUAUAGAAGUAGAGCCUCUUCUGGCUGCUUAGCACAAUGAUCAAUUCUUUUGAAGAAGUUUGCAACACGACUGAUGUUACAGAAGCAUUAGCUGGUUCAAGCUCUCUCACUUUCCGAAAUACAUCUUAAUGCAACAGAACUAUAGAAUUUAUUAGUAUCGGCAUUUUAUACGUCAAAUUGUACAAAAAUACACACAAAAUAGCAGUGGUAGGACUGGUAGCAAAAUUUUCAUCUGUAGCUGCAUAGUCAAAGGCUACGUUGACCUUUCCCUUUGUCCGGUGUGAACGAGGGGACGUUUUAUAUUUGUUGAUUGUUCAUUCACUUGCAAGGUCCAUGAGUCUUUUUUUUUUUUUUUUUUUUUUGGUUGUUGGCAAGCGAUGGACAAACUUCAUUGGAAAUAUGUUCGUCUGAUUAGGGAAAUGAUGCAAAGAAUGGUACGUUGUGAAUUGAUCUGUGACUAAAUUUUAUAAUUUUCCAAUGUUUCCUUACUAGUGAUUGGUAUCAUUUUCUGAAGGUCAUUCAGUUUAUGAUGAUUGAUUAAACGUAUAUUCUGAAAUAUUGCUUCAGGAGGCAAUUGUUAGAAUAGAUGGAUAUUUUUAUUUACCUACGUAAUUUGAAUGUAUAAAAGCUUGCUAGACUCCUAAAUCCUAAACUAACAAGAAGCUAAGACAAUGCAAUGUUAGAGUGUAUAUUUGUCAAUAUCAUCGCCUUGGAUGGACUUCAAUCAUAUUCCUGUGCGAAUAAAAAAAUAAAACAUAAAAAGGAACUUCCUCAUAGUAUGGUGAUUCCAUUCAUAGCAAAUCAGCAACCAAAAUUGCAGGCAAGGCCAGCUAAAAAUCUAGUUACUGUUAUUUCUUUGCUGAACUUCUCAAGUUCUUCUGACCCGGCAGAAUUUCAUUUCAGGAUGUACUUCUGCUUUUGUCAUUGCUCUGAUCCUUAGAAGAGUUAGAACCAUGCUUUCCUGCACUUGUUGAGCACAAAUGCUUUGGAGGCAUUUCGCCUGACAUAGACUGAGAUUACAAGAAUCUUUCAAGUUGAACAGAACUAUCUUUUAUACUUCUUAUUAACAUCCCCAAAUACUCUUUGAAAGUGUAAAAGUUUGGUUUUGUUUCUGAGCAUGACAGAUUUAGGUAAUCGAUGCUUAGUUCAGCUGUCCCUUAUCUUGUCAUGAAGAGCCAGCUCAUCCUUCUGUAUCAAACCAACUGCUUGCGAGACUCAAAUGUCUGUUUGAAUAGUGGACACCUGAAGUAGAUAUCACUUGUCCUUUACACCAGUACAUUUAGACUAGCAUAAUCUUUAGUUAGAUUUGGACUGUUCCGUGAAGAGAAAUACGUAGCAUAUUGAACCAAUAUGUUCCCUGUAAACUUCAUGUAUAAAUCCUGAAGUAAAGAGAACCAACAGAUGAUUUACACCAGCAGAGUCAGAAUUGCCGUAUUUAGAUCAAGGGCAGAAAU